CUGUGAUUGAGGAUACUGAAUUUUUUUUCUAGGGUUAAAGGUUUUAAAUAUUGAAUAAAUAAACAUGUUAAAAUGUUUGAACCUUCAAAUGUGAUAGAAAGGAAAUUUAACGCUGAAACUCAUAGGAUUGCAAGUGAAGCAAAACUUCGUGAAUUUGGCGAGUUCUUAGAAAAGUUCAAUGAAUUAACUAACGAGAACAAAAAAUCGUUUAGGAAUAAUUUAAAUGUAACUCUUAAACCAAUUUUACUAGAUGUGGAAGCUCAUGAAAGUGGCUCUAUUUUGGAUUUAACUCGGUCAGAAAAUAAAAUCUUAUUUCGAAUUUUGAGCACACUUGGUUCUAUAUGCCAGGAAAUUGAAUUACUGAAAACAGAAGCUCAGCAGUUAUGUGUGGAUUUUUUAUUCUACGGAGAAGAUAUUGGAAAAAGUUUACAAAAUUUAGAAUCUGUUAGUAAAUUGGUUGAACCUUUGCAAAAGCUACAUGCUUUUGUUAUCAGGGCUAGGCAAGUUUUAUCACUAACGUUAAAACAGCUUACAGCAAUUUUGACCAAAGAAUAUUACGUGUCUGGUAAUAAUCCUAGCUUUUCUGAAAUUUUAAAUUUAUUUGGAGAUUUGCUAAUAUGUCUGUUAAAAUUUGAUUAUCUACUUGAUAAGCAGAUAUUAAAAGAACAUUGGCUGCUAUAUAGGAGAGCUCUAAGAAACAUUUUGCACAACAGUGCAAAAUACAAUUUUUCAAAAGACGAAGUAAGAGAUUUUGAUAAAACUUUGGCUGUUCUAGAAACUAUUUUAUUGUCAGGAACAAUUUUCAAAGAUUCAACUAGUAAUUUAGAUUCCAAAUUAAUAUAUGACAUUAAGAAAUCAACCUUAAAUGCGGAAUUCCAAACUUAUUUAUUUGUUCAAAUCAGUGAAUUAGAGAAGGAUGAAGAGAAUAUUUUGUGCUCUGAAAUGUUGUUGCAAUUAAAUGUUGUUGCUGCAUUCUACUUUAAUGUUUUUGAAAGCACAAAUCGGAAAUUCAUAAAAAAAUUACUAGAGUUAAACAAAAAGGUUUUAGCUUGUACACUCAUUGGCAAUAUUGUAUGGUAUCCUGAACAAUUUUUUUUGAAAAAUGUGCAAUCCCUAGCUAAAUAUAUUGAUCAGAAGAAUAUAGAGAGUAAUAGACUUACACAAAUUCAUAUUAAAAACCAAAACUUACCCAAGGAAACAAAUUUACUUUGUCUACAGACAUGUUAUUAUUUAGUAGAGUUAGAUAAACAGAUAAAAGUGAAUAUGGGGAACCUAAAAGUAAAACAGCUGCAAUAUAUAUGUGUGUUAUUAUUGGAUGGCUUAAAACUUGUGCAAAAGAUCAAUUCAACAAUUAAAUGGGUCAUGAAUGUACAUUUUGACAAGAUGUUGCCAGUGACAAAAACGGUGUUGGUAGCUAUAUCAAAGUUGGUUGAGAUUUUAAAAAGUAUAUAUUUAAACCUAAAUCAGAAUAUAAUACUCUUGGUUCACCUGGUUUUAUUGAUUUCCCAGCAUUUACAGUAUAAAGCUUUAUCAAUUUUAAUAAGCAUUAAGAAAGAUUUGGUCCAAGACAGAUCUUACAAAGAUCAACAGCAUAACAUAAUGUCUGCUUUAAAUAUCUGUGAAAAUGCUAUAAAAGGACCCAAUACCAAAAACAGACUAUUAGUAGCUAAUUUGGCGCUAUCUGCUAGUGGUUUAAAUAAUUCAAAAUUAAAUGAUGUGCAGGUGCUAUUGUCACAGUUGGGAUUAAUAUCGAGAUAUACAGAGUUUUUACAAAAACGCUGCGAUUGUUCUGUCCUUUACUGGCAUUACAACUAUAUUUUGCCUGUAUAUUUGAGUAAAUUGGUGUCAUCCAAAAGCGACGUUGCGAGAUACAUGCUAAUGUUAAACGCGUUAACGGACUGUGAUAAUAUAGGUGGCAAGGAAAUUUCAUCAGCCGUCAGCAAAAUUCUCAAUGAGAAAUUUUUUGCGCCAGUGAAUCAAAUCGUAGAGACAAAUUUGAGAAUGCAAACGCAUUUACAUUUGCAGUUGCCACCCUCCGACCCUUUCCAGAAUGUUUUUCCAUUGAAUUUCAACAAAUAUAUGCCCGUGCUGUUGGGUAACGUUUAUAAAAGUGUGAAAAAUGAAGCCGAGCAUUAUUUGAGCACCAUGUUUUAUAAUUUGACCACUGUUGUUUUACAUGACUGGAAGACUUAUGGAGAAAUGAGAAAGUUGGCUUAUUUACAAUAUUCCUUGAAUACAGUUGAUGAUGAUCUGCCAAUGCAGACUUUAGAUCAAGGGCUGGAUGUUUUAGAAAUAAUGCGAAACAUAAAUGUUUUCGUCCAAAAGUACCUUUAUAAUUUGAAUAGUCAGGUUUUUGUAGAACAGUCCAGCAACAAUAAGCAUUUAAACUCUAUAAAUAUAUCUCAUGUUUCCAAUUCCAUAAGGACCCAUGGCAUAGGGAUAAUGAACACCACUGUUAAUUUUAUUUACCAAUUUUUGAAAAAUAAGUUCCAUAUUUUUUCUCAGUUUAUGUUCGACGAGCAUAUCAAAUCUCGAUUGUUAAAAGAUCUGAGGUUUUUCUCUGAACAUAAAACUGAGUUUAAUCAGAUGUAUCCUUAUGAGCGAGCAGAAAAGUUCAACGUUGGAAUAAGGAAGUUAGGAUUGAAUCAAGAUGGAGAGAGUUAUUUGGAUUUGUUUAGGAAGCUGAUUACUCAUAUAGGUAAUGCCAUGGGUUAUAUUCGUCUAAUACGAUCUGGAGGUAAAAGAUGCUUAGCGGAAGGAACAUGCUUUAUACCCGACCUGACGGGGCUUGAUAACUUCAAAGAAAUAUUGCAAAAGGAACAACUGACCGAGUUAUCCCAAAAAGCCGUCCAAUGUUUGCUUCACGAUUUGCAAAAUUUCAUUGAAAAUUUCGAAGAAGCGACGGAAUAUUUUAAAUUGUUGGUGAACGUGUUUUUGUCGGUGUUUCGGAAUCCUAGUAACAUGCAUUUGAAAAAUUUCUUCGUUAUCGUGCCUCCCUUGACAAUAAAUUUCGUAGAACACUCUUUAACAUCCAAAGAACGCUUAUAUAAAAAGAACAAAGCCAACAGUGCCUUUACGGAUGAUGGUUUUGCUUUAGGUCUUGCUUAUAUCAUACAAUUAUUGGAUCAAGAAAGUCAGCUAAACUCAUUACAUUGGUUUCAUUCGGUUAAUAGAAAAUUUAAAAAUGAAAGAAUGAAAAUUAAAGAGCAGACUUUGAUAUCGAACGGAGAUGAUGCUAAACUAAAGCAGACCCUAAAUUUAACAGAAAAACGAAUCAAUACUUUUGAAAGGGAAUUUGAAUUGUUCUACUAUAGUUAUACGAGUGCCAGAUUAUUUUUCCAGGCGUAAGAUUGAAGCGUUGCUAAGAUAUAUUUUUAUAAUUGUUCCAAGGCUUUAACGCGCCAACAGUAUUUGAUAUUGUUCAAUAUCAAAACGAUAUAGGAAUCACAAGCUGCGUUUCCAAAGGAUAAUUUACGAAUUCAAAAUGUGAGAUCUUUAUAGGCCUAGCUGAUAAAGGUAAAUCAUAAUUUUUUUCGUUAUUUAUAUAUGUAUACAUUAAUGUUGAGUUUUUCAAAUUUAAGAGAUUUAUAUUUUCGUAGACAAUGUGCAAUGAUCUAGAAUAUAUUGUUAAGUGUCUCAAUUUUAUUCUCAUUAUUAACCCUUAACAAAUAAAAGUUAUAUUGGA